UUGUUCGGUACAAAAUUAGUCUCCGUGGGAAUAAACUGGAAGCAGAAUAAAAGCAACCCAAAAAUCAAGGAGAACAAAUUAAGAAACAUUUGGAAAGAUCCAGAAUAAUUGCUAGAAACCCAGUCGAUUUCCACACCACAUUUUUAACCUUCGCAUGAUUUCCCCAGAAUCUCUGCAAAAAUUGUUCUUUUAAACUUUUGAAGCAAGGCACUGUAUUUAUCUGCUACUUCAACUUUCAAACCCAACUACUUUUUGUUCCUCCCACAAUUCACCUCCCACAUUGCUUCAUCCCAUUCGUUCGUCUCCACCACGCGCCCCAAGUUUCACUCGUCACCCCCAAAAGAAAAUGGAAACAAAAAAGGUCAAAAAAAAAACACAAAAACACAAACAAAACAACAAAACAUAAACAUUAAAAAAACAGAGAAAAAACACAACUCAGAAGGAAGGAAGGAAGGAAGAGUACAACUCACAAUCAUUAAGGAUGCCAGCCCAAAAAAAGGUAAAGAUUUUCCCCUGCCUUAUAACUCUAAACACAGUAGCAUUAUAUAUAUACAUAUAUAAAUCAUCAGAAAUCUUAACCAAAUCGAAAGAAAGAACCCACAUUUUUUUUUUCUAAUUAAAACUUCCUUUCUGGGCCAGAAUUCUGUGUUUUUCGACGCUUCCAUGGAGGAGGAAGACCGGCGGGAAACAUUGCUGCCCAACAACAACAACAACAAGAACAAGGCUUUUGCACGGAGUCAAUCCCACGCUUUUGAUGAGUUGAAGAGCUUCCGUUCUUGGUUGAAAUGGAUGUGUGUGGAUCAAUCGGGUGCAUGGCAUACGUUUUUGUCGUGGUCCGUGUUCAUCGUUCUGGCCAUUAUUGUGCCCUGUUUAUCCCACUUCUAUCUCGCUUGCAGUGAUUGUGAUAGCCGGCACAGCAGGCCCUAUGACACGAUUGUUCAGCUUUCUCUCACCACUCUUGCGACCCUUUCUUUUGUUUGUCUCUCUCAGUUUGUGAGGAAAUAUGGGCUCCGCAGAUUCUUGUUCUUUGAUCGCCUCUGUGAUGAGAGCGAGACUGUCAGAAAAGGUUACACUGCUCAGCUUAAUAGAUCACUGAAGCUCUUGUUCAUCUUUGUAUUACCCUGUUUCACUGUGGAAUGUGCAUACAAGAUUUGGUGGUAUGCUUCAGGUGGCACUCGCAUUCCCUUCUUGGGCAAUGUAAUUGUGAGCGACACAGUUGCGUGCAUCUUAGAGCUGUGUUCAUGGCUAUACAGGACUGUGGUAUUCUUCCUUGUGUGUGUCCUCUUUCGCCUCAUCUGCUACCUUCAGAUUCUGCGGUUACAAGACUUUGCACAAGUCUUCCAAGUAGAUUCGGAUGUUGAAUCAGUGUUAAGGGAACACCUCAGGGUCAGAAGGCACUUGAGGAUCAUUAGUCAUAGAUAUCGUGUGUUCAUUAUGUGGGCAUUGAUUAUCAUUACAGCGAGUCAAUUUGCCUCUUUGCUCAUGACCACUCGCCCCGCUGCUGAUCUCAACAUUUACAAAACUGGUGAACUUGCGCUAUGCUCUGUCAGCCUUCUUGCUGGUCUUUUGAUCAUUCUAAGAAGUGCAACUAGAAUCACACACAAAGCCCAAGCUGUGACCAGCCUCGCAGCCAAAUGGCAUGUUUGUGCGACAAUAGACUCGUUUGAUAACACCGAAGCUGAGACUCCAGUUACUCGGGUGGUCAACACCCAAGUUUUCCCGGAUGGAUCUGAUGCCGACGAUGUUGGUGAUGAAGAGGACGAGAUAGACAACACAGAACUUGUGCCAUCGUACGCUUAUAACACAAUCUCAUUCCAGAAGAGGCAAGCCUUAGUGACAUAUUUCGAGAACAACAGAGCUGGAAUUACGCUUUACGGGUUCAUGCUGGACAGGACUUCCUUGCACACCAUCUUUGGUAUAGAGUUAUCACUUGUGCUUUGGCUGCUUGGAAAGACGAUUGGUAUCUCAUAAAUUUUACAAACUACAUAGUUCAUUUUGGCUUAAUAGCAUCGGGGAUGCUUGUUUGCGAUUUGGAGAGAGAUGAGGCGGUUUGUUAGUCGCCCUAAUAUUUGCCCAUGGCAGAAGAUAGGCAGGGCUGGCCAAGAUUAAUCACUUCCGCCAUUAAUUCUUGUAACAUUCUGUUGUGUGCUAUAUUGUUUUGUUUAUUCUUUUUCCUUUUGAUUUUUCUGGUGUAUAUAAACAUAUAUACAUGUUCUGCGAUCCCAGUUAAAUCUCACCUUCACUUAUUUCAAAUAUAAAAGAAAUUCCCUUCCUUUUGUUUAUAUCUGAUGUGGUAGCAAAC